CCACAGAAGGAGCUGGACGCUAUGAUGGCCAAGCCUGAGCUGAUGGAGUGUUUCGACAUGGACGCCUUCGUCGACCUGACCACUGCUUUCACCGCGCUACCGCCUGUCAUGGCAAGCUCCUUCGCCGACAGUGGCGCGAAGAAGCUGAUGGUCGAUGAGGAGUCGUCGGAUGGGAGCGGCGGCGAUGCCAUCCUGGGGUUCGACCCGUUCAUGCUGUUCCAGCUCCCCUGCUCGGACACGUACGAAUCCAUCGACAGCCUCUUCGCCGGUGACGCCGUCAUCCAGGAUGCCCUCGGCGUCGACAGUGGCAUCAUUGGCAUGGAGGGUGUCAGCCUCUGGAGCUUCGAGGAGUUCCCCAUGGACAGCGCCAUUUUUUGACGUUUUCCGUGCGAUGCGCCCGAUUGGUUGAAACGAAGGAUGGGUGCAGCCGAUGCAUGGCUACUGCAUGAUUGCUUCCUUGACGAAUGCAGAUUCGUCGGACUGUAUGUGCAGAUGUACUGCUGGCCGCCUGUAUCAAACUGUAUUGUACUCUGCCAUGAUUUGUGCUAGUCUUUCCUACUGUUGGUCAAUCGUCUUACGAAUUGAUCAUGUCGGCAGUGCCGUCUAUGAUUGUGCUUGUGCUUGCGGUUGUCAAUUCCAAAUAAGUUUGUGAACCUGGUUAUCUUGUGUCACCCGCCCAUCAUGCCAUGUUCUGUUGGAUUGUAAAUUUAUUAAUUCAGUUAAGGCCUCUUUGAUUCAAAGGAUUCUUAAGGAAUGAGGUGAUUCGUAGGACUAAAAUCCUUAGGAAUUUCUCCUUUGUAUUCAUUUGUACUGGUUUUCAUAGGAAGAUUUCGUUCCACUCCAACCUCAUAUGAAGAAUCGUGCAUAAUCAAACGCCCAUAUUGAUCAUGCAGUACUAAAGAUGACAUAUCACUUCAUUCCAGUUUUUUUUUCACAAAGCGAAUCAAAGAGGCACUUAAGCUAUAUAAUCUGGUUGUAUUCGCUACAUUGUGUAGUUGAUCUUCUUUACAUUACAUAAUAAUAAGGAUGUUAAUCUUUGGUGGUGGUCCGUUCGGCUUUGGACUGGAGUGAUUUUUUUCUUCCCUGAAUGUGGGGGCUCGCACGCAAUUUAAGGCAAAUCUCUGGAAUCUACAGAACUAACCGCCACCGCUUCGCCUUUGAAACCAAAAGAUUUAUCAUCAUCAUCAGUGAUGUAAAAAAAGGUUCAUCAUCAGCAGAGAUAUUCUUCACUUCUUAUAUUGUGUAUAUGCGUCACCUACUUAUCGUGUCAUUUUGAGUUGGAUUAUGCAUUAAGAUGGCAAUUUGCUGAAUUCAGCUAAACUGUACAAUAUGCGAUCACUUCAUUGUGCAGUUGAUCCUUAACUACUACAAAGAUGUCAAUAUGUGGCUGUUGGAUAGUUGGCACACCUUCAUCAAGGGAAUAGAGUAGCAACAGGUGUUGCUUAGAUGGUGGCUUCAGGCUGACUAAUGUAUUACUUUGUAUAUGGU